AUGGGUGUUUUCACUUCUGAAAGCGAACACGUUUCUCCUGUCUCUGCUGCAAAAUUAUUCAAAGCCAUUGUCCUAGAUGCCACCAAUGUCUUCCCAAAAGCAUUGCCAAACUUCAUCAAGAGCGCGGAAACCAUCGAAGGAGAUGGUGGGCCAGGAACCAUUAAGAAACUCACUCUUGUUGAAGGUUUAGGGUUUGUGAAGCACCACGUAGAUGCAUUAGACACAGAAAACUAUGUGUACAACUAUAGUGUGAUUGAAGGAAGUGCAUUGUCAGAGGCAUUGGAGAAGAUAUCUUAUGAGUACAAAAUAGUGGGAACCCCAGAUGGAGGAUCGAUUGUGAAGUCGACGAGCAGAUACUACACGAAAGGUGAUGAGAAACUCGCUGAAGAAUUUGUGAAGGCUGGCAAGGAGAGAUCUGCAGGAUUCACUAAGGCUAUCGAGGAUUUCAUUCAGGCUAAUCCUCAUUACAACUAA